AUGACCUCGAUGCAUAACAAAGAUCGUGUUUAUCGUGAUGAAGUAGAUCCGUCGCCCGAAAGUACUUCAGACAGCAGUUCAGAAGCGAGUAAUUUUCGAGCCGCGCGGUUCUCAAGAACGGAUCGACGGUCGAGUGUGGAUGAGUCCGCCUUGGAUCGCGUGGGGGUUAUGGCUGCGGAUAUUAAUAGACAAAGAGAAGAUAAUGGAACGCAUACAAACGGAGAUACGCAGUUUCAAAUUGCGGUCAGGAAUGCAGAUUUCGGUACGCUGGUGGCGAUGCAGGAAGAUGAUGUUGAAAUAGAUGCGCGCGACAGCAACGGGAAGACGGCGCUUCAUCUCGCACUUGAGCAGAGAGAUCUCGGGUUAGUCGAGGUGCUGCUGCGAUUCAAACCCAACCUCAACAUAAAGAAUCCCAACGGAAAGACACCCUUGCAUUUAUCUGUUUCCGCAGAAUGGGAACCGGCGGUGAGGCUACUUCUUAGUCACAAUCUGGAUAUAGAUGCAACCGAUGACAAGGGGAAUACAGCAUUACACCUCGCCUGUCUAGGCGGCUCUCGUGAGAUAGUUCAAACGCUACUUGAAAGAGGUGCAAACGUCCACAUUCGUAACUCAACUGGAAGGACAGCGCUUCAGUUAGCUGUCCUCAGUCGAACUCCGCGAUUACCGGAGCUGCUACUACAAUCUGGAGCCGAUAUAGAUGAUGUGCGUCACGGAAGUGGUCCCGAUGGUGAUCCGAAAGACAUACCCAAAGACGAUCCAAUGACUCAACCCUCACACAGCAAACAAAAAGAUACCAUGGAAACCGAACCUUCUGAUAUUGGUUCUGUCCUGACGGAAUUUAGUGAGGGCCAUUGGGAUGGAGUGCGUCGUGAUAACGGUGACGGUUUCACUUUAGCUAACUACGAUAAUCACGACAUAUUCUUCGAUGCCAAAGUGGAAGCAAUUCGGCUGUUGAUGCACGAGGGGCUAGAGAUGCACGCGAUUCAGUUAAAAUUGAACUUCAUGAAGCCAUUUUCGAAUAGGAAUCGAAUACGGUACGCAAAAGUGGACGCUAGAUUUGCCACCGUUGAAUCUGGUGUGUUGCCACAUAUACACAGCAUAAUGCCGCAAGCCGAUCGAGUAGAAGUUUCCGAACAAGAGAUAUCCUCGGGACAAACAUUCACAGUUGGCGCGUCAGGUAACGGAGGACCAUCUAGCGUCAAUAUCAGUAUGGAAGGCUCAAAAUCACGAAAGUCCACAUUCAAAGGCGUACGGAUCAUUCACGGAGUUGUUAAAGACAAGAUGCAUGCGUCCUGGCGCAUGUAUGAAGAGCCUGGUAGUCAGAGCGGAUUGCCAGAGAUCGUACGACUUCUUCUUCUCGUGCAAUGUAACACAGAAUUCGAUUUACGGCUCUCCAUGUCAGUGAAAGCCUGUCACUUUUCCUCUUUCAGAAUCCCUCGGACGUUGGAUGCCAAGACUGGCCCCCCGUAUCGAAUCCCGAGUAUCACCUCUAUGUUGAAGCUUGAGCGAGCGAUGAAAUUGAAAAACAUUCUAAACGUUGCAGAUCGCGCCGCGACAACAGUACAAGAGACGAGGAUUUUAGAAAGGGAGUUCACCCGGUUGAUUCAGAACCAUAGCAACAAAGCCCUAAUAAUGGAGGCUUCCCGUGACCCUGAAUUUGUACAGGAGUGGGCAGACAUUGCUGAUGCCUCGCGACUCGGAGAUUUCAGCAUGUUGCAUGAUAAAGUCUUGGAAAUGGAUGUUUCUGGGAACGCGCGGCGUCUGUAUGAACGUGUCAUUCUGGAGCCUGAAGAUCACUCUGCACAGACCGAUAUGGAGGAGCCGAGGAGGUACCACUUCCCAUCCCCAUCCCCGAGAAACCGGGUGAUGCGAGAGUACCGUCGCCGGGGAUUGCGUAGAGGAGGGAUUGAAGGAGAUCGGCCGUAUGACUCUCAAGCGACGAACGCGAUGGAAUCAUUUUCAGCAGUGGGUCCUGGAUACAAAGUGUCGAGGUUAGCUUAA